AUGUUUCUCGUAAAGGUCACUUGUACGUUGCAGCUGCCGGGCGUGGUGUUAUGUCUUCCUCCAGCCCCCCAAGAAUGACACAGCGAGAGAGAAACGUGUGUGCUGAUUUUUGAAUGCAGUGCAGAAUUGCUUGCACAGAUGCAAAACUGCCUGCCUCUCGCUAGCCUUCUCUUUGUGGACAAGGGGACAUCUGAAAAUUUUCCAUAGCCAAGAGGGCUGGGGCCACAAGCUGCAAUUUUCAGCGGCUCAGUGCAUAUCAGAAAUCUUCCAAGAUUGCAAAUCUGGGAGUUACUCUGGGAUGGUCCAGCCAGUUUGGGACAAUUUGCAACACGGGCCUUGAGCAUUAGGUCAAAGAAGCAGAACCCGUAGUAGAAGAGAAGUGAAGGUGCAGUCAGAGGCGGGGGUGUUUUUCUUCCCAACUAACCCAAGAUGUUUGGAACUUUAAAGAGUGAACAUUGAAUCGGGGACAAAUGCGCACAAAGGAUUCACGAGAGCGAUGCUUCAAUACGCAGCGAUUCCUUCUCUGCGGUUCUGUUCAGUAAUGAAAUCAAAAGGAAUAUUAAUCAAAUUGCAAAGAGCAACUAGCUGAAAGGAUUCCGGAUGAUGCAAGCCACCGGCAGAAGGAAGCAUGUUCCAGAAAUAGAGGACACCACUGAUGUCUUGGUUUCUGCUGUUUCCUGAGAAAAAUACCAAGACACAAAUCUCCUAAAGUGACCAUCCUCAAUGUGCAGGAAUAUUUGCUGUCUCUCCUUAUGUGCAUGGAGGGAGAUCCCUGCCUCAGCUAGCAUUGCUAGCAGAGUCUAUGAAAAUCAGGUUUUGGCACUGAAAAGACAUGAAGGUGCAGGAAAAAUAAGGAGGCGUGCAGAGACAUCAGGAAAAACACAGGGGGGAGGAAUCGAUCUGACUAAGCCCAGCGUGCAGGUCCGUAAGGACAGAGAUUUGUGGAUAUAAUUUUAUUCCACCAGAGAAUCCCGAGAACUGCUUUUUAGUCCACCUGUAUGUUUGACACUGGAAUAGGUGCGGAGGGUGAGAAGUCACAGCAAGAUUCCAAUCUCUGCCCCACGUCUAGCAGGAAAUUCCUUUCUGCGGCCCCCCAACAUGCCUGCCUCCAAACCCGGCACGGAGUACUGGAUUGACGGCUCCCACCGCAACACUGCCCUGGAGGACUUCUACGCUAUGGGUCCGGAACUGGGAAGGGGUGCCACUUCCGUGGUGUACAGCUGUGAAGAGAAAGGAACCCACACACAGUACGCGGCCAAAAUCCUGAAGAAGACGAUUGACAAAAAGAUUGUGCGGACGGAAAUUGGUGUCUUACUGAGGCUUUCGCACCCCCACAUUAUCAAACUGAAGGAGAUCUUCGAAACGCCCUCUGAGAUUGUGCUCAUACUUGAAUUAGUGACGGGAGGAGAGCUCUUUGACAGGAUUGUAGAGAGGGGAUUCUACAGCGAAAGAGAUGCAGCUCAUGUGGUCAAGCAGAUCCUGGAAGCUGUAUCUUAUUUGCAUGAAAAUGGAGUCGUCCACCGUGAUCUGAAACCAGAGAAUCUCCUGUAUGCAGACCUUUCCCCAGAUGCUCCUCUCAAAAUCGGUGAUUUUGGAUUGUCCAAGAUAGUGGAUGAGCAGGACACCAUGAAGACUGUUUGUGGUACUCCAGGAUAUUGCGCGCCUGAAAUUCUCCAUGGCUGUCCAUAUGGACCCGAAGUGGAUAUGUGGUCUGUGGGUGUCAUAACGUAUAUACUGCUUUGUGGGUUUGAACCAUUUUUUGAUCCAAGAGGGGACCAGUACAUGUACAGCAGGAUACUGAACUGUGACUAUGAGUUUGUUUCCCCUUGGUGGGAUGAAGUCUCCCUCAAUGCCAAGGACUUGGUUCAAAAACUGAUAGUCUUGGACCCACAGAAGAGGCUAACAGUACAUCAAGCACUGGAACACCCCUGGGUCACAGGCAAAGCAGCUAAAUUUGCUCAUAUGGAUAGCACACAAAAGAAACUGCAAGAGUUUAAUGCCCGGCGGAAACUGAAGGCUGCAAUGAAAGCUGUAGUCGCUUCUAGCCGUCUAGGUAACCAUGGGCAUCAUGACAGCUCCAGAAAUGGACGUACUCACGAAGGUACCAAAGAAUCAUGCCUGGCUCAGGCAGCUGAGAACUCCUCUCUUCAAGACAAUCCUGAUAGCUCUUCCAUGGCCAGCCGGCCAGAAUCCAGCGCAACAGGUCCCUUGGCAAAGGCAGAGAACCUGGAAGCUUUCCAAAGUGAUUGCCCUGCAGCUCCCAAGGUUGCGUUUAAUGGGGCCAGCUGUGAAAGUGAGUUAUAAAUAUGGCUUCCGGCUGUUAACAACUUUAACUAAACAAUAUCCCAUGACUCUUGGCCACAGCCGUAUGGAAAGGAGUAGGCAGAAGAAGACCGAGCAAUGGGAGGAGCAUCUGAGAAAUGAUUGGAAACUGGGACUCUGAAUAAUACAUAGCAUGUAGUAGGUAUGCUUUGAUGAGCACUUGGUCUCAUGUGAUGCAUCCUUAUUUAAUGUCCUUUCUCCUGUAACUGGUGGCUGUGUAUGUGGGUGUCUGUAUGGACCAAACUAGCAAGUCAAAGUUGGCAAGUUAAACUUUCAACAAUCUAUUCAUGGCCACCUUCUCUGACAUAUGAAAGAGAAGCAAACAGCAGAUAGAGGCAUUUUUACCUUCCCUACAAAAGAAACUAUGUUAUCUUCAUGGCUUGUUUUGUAAUUUAAUGUAAAUAAUCCUCUUAGGUAUAUUUAAUGAGGGAAGACAGUGAAUCUACAUUAUCUCUAUUAUAAUUGUUGUUAAAUCUUCAAGGCCCAACUGUGCGAUAUUUUUAGAUAGGGUUGGUAGACACAUCUGGACCUAGACAUUUAAUGCCAUACAAAGGAAUAGUACUUGCCCUGUUUAAUUUGUGCUUCAAUUACACUCCAGUUUUAGUUGCUUUUAAGAAGUUCAGUCAUGUGCUAUGGACAACAAUGCAGAUCACAUGGUUCUUAAUAGCAGAGGCCAUUGGCUUUUGCAUUUGCUUUCUAAGCCACAAUUUACACAAUUAAUUCUAAUGGUGAACAAUGCAAAUAUUUCUACUGAGCAUCCUAAAGACUUUGUUUGUAACAUGCAAGAAGUGCUAUUGUUUCUGGGUAUCCUGCAUUGGAGACAAUGUCUUUGUACAGCAUAAUGUUGUUUCUUUUUUUUUUUUUAAGGUUAUUGAAAUCAAUUCAUAGAGUAUUGGGGGAAAAUCCCAAUUAGCUUUUUUUAGCGCAAUUAUACACCAUACUGCUGGAUAACCAUUCAGAGGCAUCAACUCAGUGAAAAGCAAUUUUAGAAAUAUAUAACCUGUUUGGGACUGUGAGUUGUCAUUCAGUCAGAUCCCUUCUUAUAGAUCCAAUCUCAAAACUUGUAAAGUGGCACCGCUCCAUUUAAGUUAAUGGAGCUACACUGAUUUACACCAAUGUAAAGGAGCUGGCCCAAUGUGUGCAACAAUGGGCUCCUGGCAGACAAUCUCAAUCUAAAGAGAUUGAAAUGUGUAAAUAAGGUUCAUUUUUGAUACUUUGUAUAUACAGUUCGGAAUCUAAUAACUAAGGGCUCACAGAUAAAACUUACAUUUACAUUUAGCCUAAGCAUUUAGUGUUGCUGAUGCAAAAUCUAAAAGGGGAUAGAGAGCAUGUCAGAACUAUAAAACAAAGUCAAAUGAUUUUCAGAUUUAUUCACAGCACAAGUAGAAAUUGGAAAGAUGAUACAUAAGGGUUUAUAAGGACUUUUUUUUUAUUUGUGUAUGGAGCGUUUUGAUGUGAAACAAAAAAUGUAGUGAGGAGAGAUUAAUGACUAGAGUUUUCCUGAUUGGAAAAGUACUAGUUCUAGGCUAGUGAAGUGCUCCUAUAAUUAAUAUUUAUUUCUUAGUUGGGAUAGCAUGCAGCUGAGGAGAUGCGUUAGAAGGAUAUCAGUUGGAUGCUGAGAAUUGUCUGGGAAGAAUAGAAUAUGGGAUCUUGAAAACAGCUGAUGUCAAAUUAGUGCAGAUUAUAUUGUUAAGAUGAGAUCAAUGACAGAAUCUGAAAGGAAAACAGGGUUGUUGUUUUUUAAUGCAUGUAGGGCUUGAUUUCAGAGUGCUGAACAUGCUGGCCCUGAUCUUGCAAAACUCUUAGGAUUAAGCCAUCUCCUCAUCAAAGUCAAUGGGAGUUUUGCCAUUGAUUUUAAUGGGGUCAGGUCUUCACCUUUAAACAUUGCUUUGCUUAAUUGGACUUCAGUGGGGCCGCAAAUGCUUAAAGUUAAGCACAAGCUCAAAUGUUUUACAGAUCAGGACCAGAGAGACUAGUGCACCCUGAAGGCUCAAGCCCAUCAUGCCAACAUAGCCCAUAAAGCUUAGGGUCCAACCCAGUGAAUUGCUAAAUAACUACUGGGUUGACUUUAAUGUCAGUUGAGGACACUCUUUAUUUUGCAGGAUGAACUACAAAAAAAAAUUGAUAGGCUGAGAACACUGAAUAACAAAGGACAUUGCAACGGCAGAAGGAACCAAGGGAAAAUACUACGCAAAAAAACAAACAAAAAAACCACCUGUCAUUUCAAAAAAGAAUUAUUCUGUAAAUAAUGAUAGCUUAAAGGUAGAGAAAAUGUACUCCCUGGAAUAAACCUAACUAGAAAGUACAGCUUUGAUCUGUAGCUAUGUGUUUUAAUAAUAAUUUACUAAUUCAAUUGUGUUAACAUUUUCA